UUUCCGGCUGUGAGUGUAAACGCCUCUGACAUGUUAUGGUGGAGGGAAGGGACGCAUGUCGCGCUCGGCUGAAGCGCUGAUAUAAAAAUAGACCCACGAAGCGGCGCUCGGAGGCCGGAUCGCUGCUCCCUGCGCGGUGGAGAUGCCGCGAUAGGCAGGCCGCCGGACGCCCUCGGCCCCGCGCAUUCCCCUGCCCAUGGCCGCCAGCUGACCCCCCGACCCCAGGAUGACGGUGAGAGAGAAGCUGCGGCAGAAGAUCUCGGCCGGCUUCUACUGGCACGGCCUGCUGUGCGCCUCCUACCCGGUUCCCAUCAUCCUCUUCACCGCCGUGUGUAUUCUGACCUGCUGCUACCCCCUGCUGAAGCUGCCCCUUCCUGGAACGGGGCCUGUCGAGUUCACCACAGGGGUGCGAGACUACAUGGUGCCCCCCCAGGAGCCCAGCGGAGACCCAGGAGAGCGUCCUGACUGGUACCGGGGCCCCCCGGUAGCCUACAUCCAGCAGGUCCUGGUAAAGGCCGCCGUGUCGCCCUGGGAUAACAGGCUCGUACCUGUGGACGCCUUCCGCUCUCCACUGGGUCGUGUCUUCUCUCUACUCGACGAGAUCCGCAACCAUGUGCACUCAGACAGUUCUGGGGUUCGAAGCCUGGAGGCGCUGUGUUUGCAAGUGACGGACUUGUUGCCGGGGUUACGGCGCAUGCAGGCCCUUCUCCCUGAGCACGGCUGCCUGCUGGUCUCCCCUGGCAACUACUGGCAGAACCAGCGAGAGCUGUUUGACUCGGACCCGGACCUGCUGAGGACCGUUCAGCAGUACGAGCCUAAGGGGCUGCACACGUCUGCCACGCUGAAAGACCUGCUGUUUGGCGUUCAUGGCAAACAAACGGGAGUCAGCCUGAACAGCAGGAACCGCGUGGUCACCUACACCAUCACCAUGGCGCUGCGCCACUAUGACGUCAGGUUCCUGGGCAGCCUGCGCUCGCGCCUCAAGCAGCUGCAUCCCUCAGCCAACUGCAGCCUGCGGGAGGAGCACAUGGUGCACGUGCACUUCAAGGAGGAGAUCGGCGUCGCGGAGCUCAUCCCCCUCGUCACCACCUACAUCAUCCUCUUCGCCUACAUCUACUUCUCGACACGGAAGAUCGACAUGGUGAAGUCCAAGUGGGGUCUGGCUCUGGCCGCUGUGGUGACGGUGCUCAGUUCGCUCCUCAUGUCCGUGGGCCUGUGCACGCUCUUCGGCCUCACACCCACACUCAACGGGGGGGAGAUCUUCCCCUACCUGGUGGUGGUGAUCGGCCUCGAGAAUGUGCUCGUCCUCACCAAGUCGGUGGUGUCGACCCCUGUGGACCUGGAGGUGAAAUUGCGCAUCGCCCAGGGGCUGAGCAAUGAGAGCUGGUCCAUCAUGAAGAACAUGGCCACUGAGCUGUGCAUCAUCCUUAUUGGCUACUUCACCUUAGUUCCUGCCAUCCAGGAGUUCUGCCUGUUUGCUGUAGUGGGUUUGGUCUCCGACUUCUUCCUCCAGAUGCUCUUCUUCACCACAGUUCUGUCCAUCGACAUCCGCCGCAUGGAGCUCGCGGACUUGAACCGUCGCCUGCCUGCUGAGGCGGGAAUGCCCCCUGCGAAGCCGGGCCCGCUCCGCCCCCGGGAAACCCCUCCCCCUCCGCGCCCCUCCCCCCACACGAUCACCCUGCAGACGCCUGCCUUCCGGAACCUGAGGCUGCCCAAGAGGCUGAGAGUGGUUUACUUUCUGGCUCGCACGCGGCUCGCGCAGCGAAUCAUCAUGGCCGGCACCGUCAUCUGGAUCGGGAUCCUGCUCUACACGGACCCGGCAGGCCUGCGCACCUACCUGGCCGCCCAGGUGUCCGAACAGAGUCCUCUCGGGGGGGCGGGACUGCCCCACCUGGCAGUGGCCCCCGUCUUCCCUGGCGGCGACCCCACCGGCACUCUGAACGUUCUGCCACAGGCCGACCCCACCCCGGCGCUGUCCGAAAACUUGUCGCAAGGCCACGCCCCCCCCGGAGCUGGACCCAUGCCCCCCCCCAUCCCGCAGAUCAGCUGGGGUCCCGAGGACGAGGAGGGCUGGAGGCGCCUGUCCUACCGCCACUGGCCAUCGUUCUUCAGCUACUACAACAUCACGUUGGCCAAGAGGUACAUCAGCAUCCUGCCCGUCAUUCCCGUCACUUUUCACGUGACCCCUCGGGAGGCCCUGGAGACACGUCACCCUCAGGACACACGCCAUGCUCCACCCCUGCAGACAGAUCCCUCCCCUAACGCCCUCCCCCACGGGGCCCCUGUGCAGACGGACCUCACGCUCUACAAGGUGGCGGCUCUAGGCCUCGCUGCUGGGGUUCUCCUCGUUCUUCUGCUCUUCUGCCUCUAUCGCCUGCUCUGCCCACGCAACUACGGGCAGAACGGGGUGCAACACGGGCGCCGGCGGCGCGGAGACCUCCCCUGCGAUGACUACGGUUACUCUCCCCCCGUGAGCGAGAUCUCGCCGCUGCUGCUGCGUGGCCACAACAUGGAUAUCGAGUGUCUGGCCAGCGAUGGGAUGCUAUUGGCCAGCUGCUGCCUGGCAGGACAGAUCCGAGUGUGGGACGCACAGACCGGAGACUGCCUGACCGUCAUCCCCAACCAUGGUCUACGCAGGUGCAGCAGCAGUGGGGGCUGGGAGCACCGAGACGGCUGGGAUGCAGGCGCUGUGACUGAUCUGGAGACCCUGGGCGGAGCUGAGGGGCAGGAUGCGGGCGGGGCAGGGUACCCCGUGCGCAGGCGGGCGGCGCCCUCGAGACCGACGCUGUUCGGGGACCAGCCCGACCUCACGGCGCUCAUCGACACGAGUUUCGGCCAGCAGCCCCCGUCCCAGGCCCCGUCCGCCUCCUCGGGGUUCGACUUCGGGGGGCUGGUGGAGCGCGCCUACCUGGAGCACGAGCCCUCGGUCAGCCCCGUGUUCUCGGCCCCGCCCCCGCAGCCUGUCCAGCGCCGCCGCAGCCUGGGGGACCAGCCGAUGGCCCCCACCGACUGGGACAGUGCCGUGUGGGCUCUGGAGCUGAGGGGCAACCUGAUUGCGGCGGGCAGGAGCAGCGGCAAGCUCGAGCUGUGGGAUGCCGUCGAGGGCAGUCUGCGCUGCAGCAAUGAGGAUGGUGUGUCUGGGAUCACAGCUCUGGCCUUUCUCAACAACCGAAUCGUGGCGGCGCGGCUCAACGGCUCGCUAGACUUCUUUACGGUGGACAUCAACAAGCCGCUGGGCCUGCUACAGUACCGCGGGGGCCCUGGGCGGGGCAGCAUGCCACCCUCCCCCUGCUACAGCAGUGACGAUGUGAUCAGCUGCCAGCUGACACGCUCUGUACAGUGUGCCCACCAGAAACCCAUCACUGUACUGCGGGCGGCUGCCGGUCGGGUCGUCACUGGCAGCCAGGACCACACGGUCAGGGUUUAUCGCCUCGAGGACUCCUGCUGCCUCUUCACCCUGCAGGGUCACUCAGGGGGCAUCACCGCCAUCUACAUCGACCAGACCAUGGUGCUGGCCAGCGGGGGACAGGACGGCGCCAUUUGCCUGUGGGACGUGCUGACAGGCAGCCGGGUGAGCCAUGUGUACGGUCACCGUGGCGACGUGACCUCGCUUGUGUGCACGACGUCCUGCGUGAUCAGCAGCGGCCUGGAUGACCUCAUCUGUAUCUGGGACCGCAGCACGGGCAUCAAGCUCUACUCCAUCCAGCAGGAAGUAGGCUGCGGCGCCAGCUUCGGCGUCAUCUCGGAUAGCCUGCUGGUGACAGGUGGCCAGGGCUGCGUCUCCUUCUGGGACCUGAACUUCGGGGACCUCCUGCAGACCGUGUACCUGGGUGCGAGCAGCGAAGGGCAGGGGGUGCGUCAGCUCGUCGUCCUUGACAACGCCGCCAUCGUGUGUGAUUUCGGCAGUGAGCUCAGCCUCGUGUACGUGCCCUCCGUGCUGGAGAAGCUUGACUGAGGGCCUCGAACCUCUGCCGAUUCCUCUUGUGCCGCACGCUGUCCUGUGCCGGGGAGCGGACCUGGGGCGGAGCCUCGGCAUCACCACGCAGUUCACUGGUAUCCGUCGCCCACUUCCUGUUUACGGAAAAAACCGACUUGAAGCAGGAAGUCCUAGCUGCUGUGAUGAUGGUGGAGCAUUUGGGUUGUGGGUUCAAGUACUGCCAUCGGUCGCUCUGGUAUCAACGAGGCCCACAUGGGCUUGGAGUGAUGGAGUGUGUGUG